UGAAUUAUCAGCUGAUCAUGGUGUUUUGGAUGGAAGUUGCAUUUGGUACGGAGGGGGGUCUUUCUUUAUCAUCUUAAGCGAAUCUUUAACGUCAGAGACAGCCGUAAAUAAAACCGCAUGUAACGGAAAGUUAUCCCCGACAACCGAAACGAACGAACCCGGAGAAAUCCGCGCUAUUAUGAACAUAUGAUGAUCAUAAUUUGAGAUUUACUUGCCUGCUGUUGAAUCAUCGGAAAGAAAGAAAACAACGUCAGGCGAGGCUCGUGCGAGUCGGUGAUAGUCUGAUAUGUAUGUGUUGUCUCAUCUCGAUCGGUCCACCGGCAUUCUCCCCUCGACUUGGGCAUAAAUAGCUUAAGAUGCAUGUAAUGUAACUGUCCGGACAAGAAAUAUUCCUCGUUUGUUUCAAUAAACGGUAGCGUGUGUUUUAUGAGAUUAAGGAGUAAGUUAAAGAUCAGGUCAAAGUGUUGUGUUUUUUAUUUUUUAACACACUCACUGCAGUGAAAAAAUAGUUUCUUGGCUAGACGCCUGCUAAUGGAUUGCAAGAGAAUUAACUGUAAUUAAUUCUUGCUCGUGCUAGACCAGCAACCCGUAACCACAUUGCUGUGACUGACAUACAGUUUACUUGUAAUUUAUUUAAGCUUUCUCAUUUAUUUAAGCUUCACUUUUAUAAGUGUCUGGUGAUCAUUUUUUAUUGUUAUUUAUAAGCAUGGUGACAGUGAAAUGCACCGAUAGCUGGAUUGCAACACUUGUGUUUUGACAUUACUUACGUCACGGUGUCGCGUGUCACUCAUACCGUUUAAAACAUACGGGGCUUUUGAGUGUGUGAGCUUUAAAAACAGUCUACUUUAGUUAACUCUGGACUAAAUAGGGACACAUUUGUUGCGUUAACGGUGGAUUGUACAAGAUUCUUCGAGAGGAAAGAUUCAGAUCUGGCACGGUCAGAGAUCCUCGUUGAUAUCCCCAAUUUCUCCCCGCCAAUGCUGGAUCUGGAGGUCGUUCCUGAAAGAUCUUUAGGAAACGAACAAUGGGAAUUCGCAUUAGGGAUGCCAUUGGCCCAGGCCAUUUCCAUAUUACAGAAACACUGCCGCAUCAUCAAAAAUGUCCAGGUGCUCUACAGCGAACAAAUGCCACUUAGCCAUGACCUCAUUCUCAGUUUGACUCAGGAUGGAAUUAAACUGCUGUUUGAUGCCUGCAAUCAGAGACUGAAGGUAAUCGAAGUGUACGAUUUGAGCAAAGUAAAGCUGAAAUACUGUGGAGUUCAUUUUAACUCUCAGGCAAUAGCACCUACCAUUGAGCAGAUUGAUCAGUCUUUUGGCGCUACUCAUCCAGGAGUCUACAAUGCUGCUGAGCAGCUUUUCCACCUGAACUUCCGAGGGCUUUCCUUUUCCUUCCAGUUGGAUUCCUGGAGUGAAGCCCCUAAGUAUGAGCCUAACUUUGCCCAUGGCUUGGCCUCCCUGCAGAUUCCUCACGGGGCUACUGUCAAACGGAUGUAUAUUUACUCUGGAAACAACCUUCAAGAAACCAAGGCCCCCAUGAUGCCUCUGGCCUGUUUCCUUGGUAACAUUUAUGCAGAGUGUGUGGAGGUUCUGAGGGAUGGGGCGGGACCUCUGGGUCUCAAACUUCGCCUUCUCACUGCAGGAUGUGGUCUGGGAGUGAUGGCGGAUGCAAAACUGAGGACCUUUGAGAGAAAUAUCUACUUUGGAGAUUCUUGUCAAGAUGUUUUGGGUGCUCUUGGUUCCCCACAUAAGGUCUUCUACAAGUCAGAGGACAAGAUGAAGAUCCAUUCACCUUCCCCACACAAGCAAGUCCCGUCCAAAUGUAAUGACUACUUCUUUAACUAUUAUACUUUGGGGAUGGAUAUACUGUUUGACUCUACGACCCACCUGGUGAAAAAAUUUGUCCUCCACACCAACUUCCCUGGCCAUUAUAACUUCAACAUAUACCAUCGAUGUGAUUUUAAGAUCCCACUUAUCAUUAAAAAAGAUGCGGCAGAUGCUCAAAGUGAGGACUGCAUUCUGACCACCUACAGCAAAUGGGAUCAGAUUCAGGAGUUACUAGGACACCCUAUGGAAAAACCAGUUGUGCUACACAGGUCUUCAUCUGCAAAUAAUACCAAUCCCUUCGGUUCCACAUUUUGUUUUGGACUACAGAGGAUGAUAUUUGAGGUCAUGCAGAAUAACCACAUAGCUUCUGUGACUCUGUACGGAGCGCCUCGCCCCAGUAGCCUGGCUCGCGCAGAGCCGAGCGCCCACUAAAGUCAUCCGGCCUCUAAACUGACCAGUAGGGUGUGCCUUCACUCGCUGCUACCAUCACACAAGACAUGCUGGGAACUUCUCUGGAGUUUCCUGACGUUGCCGUCCCCUUCCCCCACACCAUUAAAGAUCCAUCUCCUUCAUAAGAGCACGGAGGCAGCUCUCAACCUGCUAAUUAUCCCUGAUUCCCAUGCAACCCUGGCUCCGCCUCCAAAGCUUUUACCCAGACAUGCAUCAUUGUCAGCAUUGUUACAGUUCUUGUGGAUGCACAGUGAUACAGUUCCGCACAUUUUUGUCGAUUUGUUUUUUAUACAUAGUCACAGCUUUUAUCGUCUGUGCAUAUAUUGAUAAAAAGCCAUUUUUGGUCUAAAGUUCCACCAAAGGACAACGAUUGAAGCAUUUCCUCCUCUGCACACUAAACGAAAAUGCACAUCUGUUCAACUUCAGAAAAAGCAGAGGAUGCACAACAAGACGAACACGGACUUGGGAGAAAUUUGAUCUGCGUAAGGUUACAAGCACAAGCUAGAGCGGUGCCGUGGAUCGGUUCUUUGGGCAAAUGAGCAGGCUCACACACUCAAAAUGAUUCAUAAACUCAAUGCCAUUUCAUACCAAGUCAGCAGCACAGAUUACCUCCCAUUUGAAUGCCGUACAUUAUUAUUAUGAUAUCGAGUUUGGAGCGCAUUCACGUUCAUUUUUAACAUUUGCACUAAAGUACACCUAAUUUACUUGAUAACUUGAUCUCUUGUCCGCCGAGGGACGUUUUAAUUGGAGUUUCACAGCGAGAGGAUGGCGGAGGAGGUAAAGAGGACGUGUCUGGAGAGAAUUUCAAUCCCUGCUUCUUUCUGAAUCUCAUGCCGUCAUACGCAUUUACGUCCUCCUCUCAUCUACUUUUAUCCACAGUAGAAAGAUGUGAAGUUUUCUUACUUUCAGUAUCUUUAAGUCUUAACUUCCAAAUUUGGUUUUUGUUGUCUGAUUGCCAAAUCGCUAGCCAAAGAUGAAACGGUUAACUCUCUGUCAUUUUAAAUAUCUCAUUGUACCACGAACAUUCCCUUUGAUUUUAUUUGAUUCGUACAGUCCAUGAAUGCUUUUAACGCACUCGAUCAAUCUCUCUUUUAUGAAAUAUUUUUCUAUCCUGCUUUUUAUUUUGCAUUUGUGUACCUUCUGCUCUCAGAGUUCGGUGGUAGUGUUUCAGUAGUGAGUAGACAUAAUGCUUUCUGCAGCAACUCUCUGUUAGCGUGUCUAUAUCUGUACAGACCUGUAAAUAGCGUGCACAUUUUCUUUCGCCCCAUUGGUCUGAGAUAACAGUACGAUAUCUGGAAUCCCCCUACACUGCUAACGCAUUUAUUAAUACCGUCAGUGAUAUUGGUGUGGGAUUGUCUUUCCAAUCCAUCUUUCCAAGUGUUUCCGAGGAUUCUUUGAGGGAUGUAGUUGAAGCAGCUUAUAUUUGACCACUAUUAGGAGAUGAUAAGAACGUGUUAUAUAAGGGGUUGUUCGGUAGAUGGUUUGUUUGACCUUUUAUAACUGCUGUUCAUUGCUGUACUGCCUGGUCUUGUAAUGUGCACAAUGGCAGCAGCUACCCGUGGUAUCCGUGAUUCUUGAGUCAAAACUCCUUUGGUGUCAAUAAAGCAUCCCUUUGGCGUCUACACUGAAAAAAAGAUUUGUUGUUUCACCUUAAAAAAGUAAGUGUUUGUGCUGCCUUAAAAUUUUGAGUUAAUUCAACUUAAAAAUAUUAAUCAAUGUGGAGUAAACUAAUAUUUUUAAGUUGAAUUAACUCAAAAUUUUAAAAGGAUAGUUCACCC